UUUAGAAAUUCAACUCCCAUAUUCGUGUAUCAUGUUUUAUUCAACAGAAUGAACUAUAAGUAACGUAGGGGGAAACAUAGAAGACUUAUUGAGCGAUUUAAGUGUCCUUAGUAACUAGUGCUGGUCUAGUAUUCGCAGAUCCGGUGAUGCGUGAAGACGGGUAGGCAGUCUAAUAAACGGCGAAUUACAUAACAUGUAACCUCGAGUUUUGUUUAUUAUUUUUUAUUUCGUAAAAAUUAAUACUUCAAGACAUCAACGAUAUCAAAAAGCACGCUAAUAAGUUUUUCAAUUCGUUACUUAUAGAUUUUACUUGCAAUUACAACAACGCGUUGAUGGCAUAUAUGCCGAAAAUCAAUCCCACGCAUUUCAAAAUUUGGCGCAGUUUGGGCGAAAAAAUAAUUCAUUUUUUUUGUGUUCCAAUAAAGUAACUGGAAAUCGGAAAUUCUUCAUCUUCCUGGUUUCGCGAGCUUAUACUUGCCUACCCUAUUUUAGUGGGGAAAUUUGUAUUCAAAGAAUACACAUUUGCACUCAAAGAAUUUGGACCUAUGCUUUUUUGGGAACAUAAAUUUGCGCGAUGUUUGAUCAAUUUGACUUGUUCGUCGAGCACGUGCUCAUCAAUUAUCGAUGGUUGUUUGUCAUAUUUUUUUUGAUGCCAAUUUCCCUUGCCUUUGAUGUAUUUUACUACACAAGAAAUUGGAUCGUAUUCAAACUUUGUAGUGCUCCGAAAUUGCACGAAAAAAAAAUAAGGGAUGUUCAGAGGCAGGUUAAAGAAUGGCAAGAAAGUGGAUCAGGCCGCCAGAUGUGUACAGCGCGACCAGGAUGGCAGACAAUGAGCUUCAAGCAAGCACCGUACAAGUCUUCCAUGUACAAAAUUAACAUCCACUUAGUAGAUGUUCUGGAAGUCAACGUUGAAGAGCGUUACGUAAGAGUCGAGCCUGCGGCGACAAUGGGCCAGUUAACAGCAACUUUAGUCCCUCUUGGAUGGACUUUGCCUGUCUUACCGGAAAUGGAUGAUUUGACCGUUGGUGGCCUUGUGAUGGGAACAGGGAUAGAGACUAGUUCGCACAAGUUUGGAUUGUUUCAACAUAUUUGUCUCGCCUAUGAGAUCGUUCUUUCUGAUGGGUCCAUAGUAACAUGCUCCAAGGAAAGCGACCCUGACCUUUUUUAUUCCAUUCCGUGGUCCUAUGGUACCCUGGGAUUUCUUUUAUCAGUUAAAAUACAAAUUAUACCAGCUCUCAAGUAUGUUAAACUGGAAUAUGAGCCUGUAACAUCCCUAAAAGAAGCAUGCGAAGUAUUUCAAAGACAAACAUUCCAAAAGGACGACAAUCAGUUUGUCGAAGGCCUUAUGUUUUCCAAAGAACAAGGGGUUAUCAUGACAGGUAAUAUGACUUCUACAGCAGAGGAACACCUGGUUAAUCGUAUCGGCCGCUGGUACAAGCCCUGGUUUUUCAAACAUGUUCAGACUAAAUUUAACGGCGAACCAAGAACGGAAUACAUUCCUUUACGAGAUUAUUAUCAUCGUCAUACGAGGUCCUACUUCUGGGAAGUGCAGGAUAUUAUUUCGUUUGGUAACCAUCCGUUAUUUAGGCUGUUACUUGGAUGGAUGAUGCCACCAAAAGUUUCACUUCUAAAACUGACACAAAUACCUGCAAUUAAAAAGCAAUACGAACAGAAACAUGUCAUCCAAGAUUUGUUGGUCCCUAUUGAACAUCUCAGAGACAGUAUUCUCAAGUUCGACAAAGCUGUACAGGUCUACCCGCUAUGGUUGUGUCCGUUCAAACUCAAACCAGAACCAGGAUUGGUGAAUUCAAGAACCACGAAGGAGGAAAUGUACGUUGAUGUAGGAGUUUAUGGUGUGCCAAAAGUUGCAAAUUUUAAGCCAGUGGAGACAACGAGAGACAUAGAAGAAUUUGUUCGCAAAGUGAAAGGGUAUCAGAUGCUCUAUGCUGAUACUUAUACGACAAGAACAGAAUUUCGUAAAAUGUUUAAUCACAGUCUGUAUGAUGAAGUAAGAACGAGGCUGCGAUGCAAAGAGGCCUUUCCAGAGAUCUAUGACAAAGUUAAAAAAAACUAUAAGGCAGUAGCCAGUGAGCUUUGAGAGCUAGUUUGUUCGCAGAGAAUAGAUAAUGAUUAAAUUUAGCUAGAUAUACACCAAUUUUUGUUCUUUCCGAAUAAAUUAACAAACAAAAUUUUAUCAACAAGAUGUGAUUGAAAAUAUAACUGUUCUUCGUACACACCGCAAAAUGUGUCACAAUA